UGCCGGAGCCACUGCAACAGGAACUGAGAGACGGGGGGAGGAGGCGGUGCCGCCGCUCCGCUGCAGUCGCGGCCCGAGCCGGGGGAGCGGAGCAGCCAUGGGCCGCCGCCCGCCGCCGCCUUCACAGCGCUGAGCCGCCCCAGCCCCCGAAGGGAGAGGGGCCGGCGCUGCCCCCUCGCCCCUGCCGGGCGGGGCGCUUCUCCCUGAGGGGCGUUGGAGCAGCUGCCGGAUGCCCGCGAUGUGAUCAUGGACAGCAGGUUCAAGGAAAAUCCAGAACGUACCUUUGAUUUGGUACUGAAAGUAAAAUGUCAAGCAUCUGAAACUGAAGAUCCAGUGGUACUGUGGAAGUUCCCGGAGGACUUUGGAGACCAGGAAGUGCUGAGCAGUGUUCCGAAGUUCUGCUUUCCUUUUGACGUUGAAAGGGUGUCCCAAAACCAAGUAGGACAGCAUUUUACCUUCGUGCUCACUGACAUUGAAAGUAAGCAAAGGUUUGGAUUUUGCCGUUUGACAUCAGGAGGCAAGGUCUGCCUCUGUAUUCUAAGUUACCUUCCAUGGUUUGAAGUAUACUACAAGCUCCUAAAUACCCUGGCAGAUUAUUUGGCUAAAGAACAGGAAAAUGACUCAAAUGAUUUGUUAAAAUCAUUGUAUAGCCAUCCUGUGCCAAAGGCGAAUGCUUUAGUCAGUUUAAGUGUGAGCCAAGAGAUGAUUUUUGCAAGUGAGCAGGUUUUGAAAAAACAGCCUUGUCUUGUAUCGCACUCGUAUUUCAUUACUCCUGAUAUAACUGGAUUGCCAACAAUCCCUGAAAGUAGAAACCUCACUGAAUAUUUUGUUGCUGUGGAUGUGAACAACAUGCUGCAACUUUAUGCCAGUAUGUUGCAUGAGAGACGAAUCAUUAUUACCUCUAGGAAACUAAGCACUUUAACUGCUUGUGUUCAUGCGUCAGCUGCAUUGUUAUAUCCAAUGUAUUGGCAACACAUUUACAUCCCAGUGCUUCCUCCACAUCUUCUGGACUACUGCUGUGCACCAAUGCCUUAUCUAAUUGGCGUCCACUUCAGCUUAAUAGAGAGAGUGAAAAAUAGAUCACUGGAGGACGUGGUUUUGCUAAAUGUUGACACAAACACUCUAGAAACCCCCUUUAAUGACCUGAGCAACCUACCUGGUGAAGUGGUCUCAGCCUUGAAAAAUAAACUGAAAAAGCAGUCUACAGCUACGGGUGAUGGAGUGGCCAAGGCCUUUCUUCGGGCACAGGCAGCACUGUUUGGAUCGUACAGAGAUGCACUGAGAUACAAACCAGGAGAGCCUAUAACUUUCUGUGAGAAUAGUUUUGUGAAGCAUCGUUCCAGUACUACUAAGCAGUUCCUGGAAACUGCUGUUAAUCUUCAACUGUUUAAACAGUUUAUAGAUGGUCGUCUAUCAAAAUUAAAUGCAGGAAGAGGCUUCUCUGAUGUUUUUGAAGAAGAAAUCACAGCAGGAGGCUUCUCUGGAGGAAACUCAAGAUCUUAUCAGCAGUGGAUGCAUACAGUGAAGAAAGGUGGAGCACUGAUCAACACAGCAAUGACCAAAGCCACUCCAGCUGUGAAAACAGCAUAUAAAUUUGCAAAAAAUCAGGCAAGGCAAGGAAUAAAAGAAGUGAAGAGUAAGUUAAAACACAAGGAGAGUGAGGAAGAUUAUGGAAAUUGCAGUGCUGGUGCAGUACAGACUACUCCUGUCUACACAUUGCAUUACGAGAAAAGAGCAAACUCAGAAAAACGAAGGCUGGCACAGACUCGUUUCAACCAACAUCUCAGUAACCAAGAUUGUGCCUUGGAUGAGGAGGAUGAUGAUGAAAUGGAGAGAACAAGCAAGUUAUCAUCAGAAGACAGUGAAGAAGCUUCUGCUUACUUUUAUGACAGUGAUGAUUCUGGUGAAACUGGAAUAACUCCUCAACAUCAAGGAGAAAUGGACUUGCUUGGGGAGAUUUUGGACACGCUGAGCACACAUAGCUCAGAUCAAGGAAAGCUCUCAGGAGCAAAGAGUCUGGAUUUCUUUAGGUCAAUGGAUGACAUUGAUUACAAGACUGCGAACAAGUCAAAUGCACCUAGUGAGAGCAACCUUACCCUGCUCUGCAGCAGUGCUAGUGAUCAAGCAGAGUGGAACCUCGGUCAGGAUGACAGUGUCCUCCACGGGAAGCAGCUCCCUCCGUCACCAAGGAAGCAGCUUUCUUCUGGUGGCCACAGAGAGUCUCUCUCAAGGCUGGAAGAAGAAAGGAGUGACAAAACCUUUAUUAAUGACAAGGAGGACACCAGGUGUAUGACAUUGCCAUCUGCAGUACGACCAAGUGCCCAGUUUGCUUCUCUAGAAAGUUUCACAGCAGGCUAUUCUUCCUCCAAGUAUGCAAAGCAGAAUGAAACACUAAGCAGUACCUCAGAAGAUCAGCUCCCAGCAAGUCUUACUCAACAUCCAUCCAUUCUGGUCCCUUGGGAGAAAGAUGGAAAGGAAGGAAGUGAAACUCUGGAAGAGGGUGGGCUUCUUCAAGAAGUGGUGUCAUUAUGUAAACUGAGUUCUGCUUUUCACUAUGGUUUAAAUAUUUCAAAGGAUAGCUUAUCCAGCAGUAGCAGUGGAAACAAAACGUAAGAAAACAAUGAGAAACUUGACUCCCAUCAGAAAUUAAAGGGAGAGACUACUCAGGACUCCAUAUAUCUCCAUAUAACAUGAUAACCAAAAGAUGAAAAAGGAAUAAGAGGUCUUUGAUUACAAAAGCAAUUCUUUUCAGCUGAGUAUGCAUCUUCUACCAUUGGGACACCCGCUUCUAUGUUUACUCAGUUCAUUUGUUGGCUGUAGUUCCACAAAAUGGAACUAGAUAUAUGAAUGCACUCUUAAAUCAGGUACUAGUUAGUCUUUGUGUUAAAAAUACAGCAGGUGUAGGUGCUUCCUAGCAUUUACUUCCUCUAAGCAGCAGGAAAGGUAUCACCUAAAAGGUAACCAGGUUUUGAAGGUACUAUAUUAAUCCCAUUAGGCAUGAAAUGAACCAAGCAAUCUGAUUUGUCUGAAAUGUACAAAUGUUAAUAUUUGUGGUGAAUAAUAAUUGCCUUAAUCUUUUGAGAAGAGGUUUAACUAUCUCACAUACGUAUGUACAAAACAGCAAUAAUGAUUUUCAAUGGCGAGAAUUUGCUUCAGCAAAGCAGGGAGGAAAGGGAACUUUUUUUUCAGAUUAAGGAACUUCUUCUGAGUGUAACUUGGAAUUUACUCCAAACUAAAACUGUGGCCCUGUCUUCCAGGUUUCAAAAAGGUAGCACAUGCUUUUCUCUCUUCUGUAAAGGACAUGAAGUGCUGAAUUAUAAUGUGACAUUGAUUAACUUUCGUUUACAACUAAGACACUUUAAAGACAGAUUAUCUGAUUUCCCUAUGUAGACUAUUCCACCUGAAAAGUUUUAGAAAGGAAAGUGUAAGUGGAAUUGAUCGAUUUCUAUUAUUUUUUAUUUUCUACUUGUUUGAAAACUUAAUCUGUGCCUCCUCUGAACUAUUUGCUUUUUGAGGGUAGAUUUAAUUACUGUUGGUUAGAAGUCACAAUUAAUUAAAUUAUUAAAGAGUCAUGACCAAAAAUUACUUGAAACACUAGAAAACUAAAAUUACAGAUUCAAGUUGAGGCUGCAUAUAUCCAACUCACAUUUUAGCCAAGUUGAGCAACCAAAACAUUUAAGUUCAGUGAGGGAGAAUUAAGUGGACUUGAUUUAUAUUGUAUUUAGAACAAGCACUUGGCCACCUUCUGGCAACAUUCCUGAGGACUAUUUGGAUAUUUAAAGUCUGAAGAUUCCUGCUGCUGUAUGGAGCAACUCUUCCCUUUAUUUUUUACUUUUCAGUAUUCCUGCUCUUGACUUUUUCCACCUCUCCACUUUACCAUUGUCCUCCACAGUAGCUCAGGACAGGAAACACAUGAAGUGAAUUUCAGCAGAACACCUGAAAAGUAGCUGGCAAAAGUAGCACCUGGAUAUAAAAUGGCUGCCAGAGAAGAAUGCUCUCCUGCUCUUCUAAAUCCAUGUCAGAAACCUUUCUUUCUU